GUUUCUAAGGCGACCCUGGCAGUCAACAAACAUGGCUGAUGCUGCAGGGAGCUCUGACCAACAUGAGCGAUCCUGCUCCCACAUCCCAACGUUCUCAGCCCAACAUCCUAUGAUACCCAAACUCUAUGUGAUGCCAUGGAAGCAGGACAUGAAGAACCAGAGGCUCCUGAUGAAGAACGCAGCCCUGGCGAGGAUCCCUGUGGUUCCUCAUGAGGAAUCUUUGUGUUUUUGUGGUCGGGAACGUCUCUGCCACAGUCAGGACUCCAACCACAGCUCUCCAUCCUCCUCAUCCUCUUCCUCUUCCUCUUCCUCAGCCUCCACCUCCGCUCCUCUCACCCAAACAGGACUGACAGCUCAUCACUCCUCCCACUUCUCCAGGUACAACAGCUCUGUGGUGACGACCAGGCAGCUUUACCAAACCUAA